AUGUCAUCUGUUUGGAAUUUACUUAAUCCAAUUAGAAAUGGUGCAACAGGCUUAAAAUUAUUGAGCUCUGGCCGUGAAUUAUUCGGAACAGUUAUAUAGCACGGAAAGAUGGAUAAGACUGUCACUGUUAAGGUUGAUUACAGAUAUUGGUAUCCUAAAACAAAAGAAUUUAAAUCAAAAACCAGCAAAUAUCAAGUUCAUGAUUCUGAAAACUUUUGCGUUACUGGAGAUAAGGUUGUCAUUAAGUCAAUGUUACCAAUUUCAACAAUGAAACACUAUUAUGUUAGAAAUAUUGUAAAGCCAUUCCCUAGAGAUACUUAUUAUAAAGAAGGCCAAGAAAAGAAAGAAAUGAGUGAAUAACUUAAGAAGGAAUAUUAAAGACUUUAUCAAGAAUUUUAUGAAAGAGAAUAACAAAGAACUGAAAUUAAGAAUAAAAAGGACGAAGUCACUUUAAAAUCUGCUCUUAAAGCAAAGGCUUUAACUCGUGCUAUGGCAAACUUAAGAAAAGUUGAAUCAACAUAAAAGAAGAAAGAUAAAGUUAGAUCUAAAUCUGAAUCUAGAAGAGAGCAAAAGUCAUUAUCUGAAGCUAUAGACUCUAAGCUUUCCAAAGAAAUUUGA